AUGUCGUUGCACGCCACCGCCCACCUCCCCCCCCUGCUGAUCUCGCCGAAGCAGCUCGCAUCGCUCCUCCAGGGCCCGCGGCCGCUGCGCAUCCUCGAUGCGACGUGGUUCCUCCCGAUGCCGGGCGCUGCGCCGCGCCAUGCGCACGCCGAGUUCCUGCGUGGCCCGCGUGUGCCUGGCGCCCUGUUCUGGGACGUGGAUGCGGUAGCGACCCGCGGGGAGAGUGUGCGCAACCUCCCGCACAUGAUGCCGAGCGCGUCUACGUUCGCUGAGGCUGCGCGCGGGCAUGGGAUCUCGCGCGAUACGCAUGUCGUCGUGUACGACACGCACGGGAUCUUCUCGUCGCCCCGCACGGCGUUUACGUUUGCGGCGUUCGGGCACCCGGCCGUCUCUGUGUUGGACGGCGGGCUGCCCGCAUGGCUCGCGGCCGGCGAGGCGGUCGAUCGCGAGGCACUCACAGCGGACCCUACCGUCGAGGCGGCCGCGUACGAGGUGCCGACGCUGCGCCCGGGCUGGAUCCGCUCGUUUGAUGAGAUGCUGCACAACACGACGCUCGGCACGAACGCGCAGACGGUGCUGGACGCGCGGCCCAAGCCGCGCUUCGACGGCCAGUCGCCUGAGCCGCGUCCCGAGAUGGCGGCGGGCCACAUUCCCCACUCGAUAUCGCUGCCCGCGUCGAGUGUGCUGGAGCAGCAGCCCGCGCACGAUGGCCAGGGCUCGUACACGCGCAUGAAGCCGCAGCACGAGCUGUGGAAGCUCGUGCAGUCGGUCGUGGGCGAGCAGGGCCUCGAGAAGCUGCGGCACGAUGCGUCGGCGAAGGGCGCGCUCGGCGUGUCGCUGACCUGUGGCAGUGGCAUGACGGCGUGCAUUCUGUGGCUGGCGCUGCAGCAGCUCGGCAUCGACGGCGCCUUGUACGACGAGAGCUGGGCAGGCUGGGGCCGCCGCGCGCACGCGGGCGAGGCGCCCGUCGAGAAGAGCGAGGCGUAG